AUGGCUUCUCUCCUUCCUCUUCGGGUCCCCAAGCCCAGCUCACUGACGAGAGCCGCCGCCGCCGCCGCCUCAUCGCCGCCGUCGACGGCGGCGCUCCGACCACCGCCGCCAGAGGCGCUUGAGCAGCAGUUCGGCCGCAAGGGCAUAAAAUUCGCCGACCAUGGCGGCGUUCCCACGGUGGAGCUCACCGUCCGCAACGGGAGCUCCCUCACCCUGCAAGUGCCCGAUGGGCUGGUGACCUCCUACAGGCCCAAGGUCUACUGGAGGGACGACUCCUUCGAGGAGGUGCUCCACACGGUGGCGGCGCCGCCUGCCUCCGGUGGCGGCGGGCCGGCGAUUAAAGGAGGGGUCGGCCUCGUGCUCAAUGAUAUCUCCAAGGCUGACGGGUCCCCAUGGAGCGCCUCCUGCUGGACCGUGAAGGACGUCGAUUCCGACUCCAUUGAUGCCGUCCAGGUCUUCUUCCUCCUCCAGUUUUUCUUCCUGUUUCGGAUCUCAAUCCUUUUUCUGGAGAGCGCACCACCUAUUUGAGGAAUUGCAUCAACGGGCCUGCUUAUUGAGAAAUAACCAUCAACCCCAUGAAUCCGGCUGAUCAGAACGAGGAUUCUGCUUUUCUUUUUCUCUUCUGGGAUCUUCCUGGGUUCAUCGUCCUCCGAACUGAUUGGAGCUCUCUUCUCCGUGGGCAUUCUGAUCACAGGUCGAGCUGAGCUGCAAAGACAGCGCCAGCUCCCUGGAGAUCACCUACGUGGUCUCCCUGUAUCCGCUGAGCAUGGCGACGGCGGUGCUCGUGAAGAACAAGGGCUCGGAGCCCGUGAAGCUUACGAGCGCCAUGCUGAGCCACCUCAAGUCGAGGAGCCGGCGUGGCUCCGCCGUGCGUGGCCUCACCGGCUGCUCCUACGCCGCCCAUCCGCCGCCGGCCUCCGCCUUCGGCCUCAUCUCCCCCGCCGAGGCCGUGGAGCAGGAGGCCGGCGGCGGCGGCCUUGCGGAGCUUCUGGGCUCCGUUUUCAGCGGCGGCGGCGGCGAUGGGGCCGGCGGGAGAGGCUCCUGGAAGGUGGAGGACAACGUCUACACUGUCCUCAAGGGGAAACUCAGCCGGGUAUACGCGGCGCCGCCGGCGGAGAGAUUGAAGCGGAUCUACAGCACCCCUCCAUCAAAGUACGAGACCAUCGACCAGGUACGGCCACAAGUCUCUUAUCCUCUGCGAUUUAUGGCCCCUCUGAAUUAGUUUCCAAGCCCUCAAUGAUCUAGCAGUUAUGUGCAUUUUUAUUUUUAUUUUUACCAAGAAAGCAUCUUUUUACGUCAUAGAGCAUGCCCUUCUCCCGGUAUUUUUUCUUUUUAGUUUGACUCUGCCGGGGGUCUCGAAGUCAAACUAUUGUCUGCUCCGGGUUUGAACUGGGUCUCUUUUCUUUCACCCUGGGAGUGCCUUUUUGUUGCAGAUUGUGUGCCCUUUCCCGGGAAAAUCGUUUUAAUUUCACACGAUCACGGCAUCAAAGCUCAUUUUUUUUGGGAAAUUCUUGAUCGCUACUUUUUUUUAACCAAGAAAGUAUCCUUCUUUGUGGUGUAGCACGUGACCUCUUCUCAGUAAAUGCGCCCUAGACAUUUUCUUAACCAAGGAAGUAUCCCUCUUGGGCUCUAGCACCGAAUUAAAAGUCAAAACUCUUUGACUUAUUAGUGCUCUGACUCGAACUUUUGUUUUCUUAUUUUUCGCAGACAGUAAGUAUAUUUGCGGGUCUGAUCUCGGCGGGAUUUUCUUAACCAAGUAUUCCCUUGGGUUCUAGCACCGAAUCAAAAGUCAAACUCUUUGACUUAUUAGGGCUCUGACUCGAACUUUUUUCUUAUUUUUACCAGCAGUAGGUAUAUUUGCGGGUCUGAUCUCGGCGGGAUUUUCUUAACCAAGGAAGUAUCUCUCUUGGGUUCUAGCACCGAAUUAAAAGUCAAACUCUUUAACUUAUUAGGGCUCUGACUCGACCUUUUUUUUCUUUUAUUUCCCAGACAGUAAGUAUCUUUGUGUUCUAGACUGUACCCUAUUCUCAGUAAUCCAUUUAAUUCUACUCGAUGAUAGAGUCAAAGAGUCCUCGAGUUCUUGCCUCUUCUGGGAGGUGGGUCUCGACGUGGACUUUUUCUCACCAAGAAAGUAACCUCGUGAUCUUAAAUCAUGCCUUUUUAUCAGAAACCCAUUUCUAAUUCGGUUCGAUCGCCGAACCAAAAGUCAAAUCCUUCACUACCCUGGGUGGGUUUCGACGCUGACUUUUCUUACGAAGAAGCUAUCUUUUUUGUGUUCUAAGACCUGCCCUUUUUCUGGAACGCCUUCAUAUUUGAGCCCACAAACUGGAUCAAAACGCAAACUGCUGAUUUCCCCGGGCCUCUUCAGGGGAGCGGGCUCGGAUUCCGAGUGAUCAGAAUGGGCUACGAGGACAUCUACCUGGCCAGCCCCGGCGACUCCUCUCACAAGCACGGCGAGGACUACUUCAUCUGCACUGGCCCCGCCUCAAUGCUUGUGCCCGUGCUGGUCAACCCCGGCCAGGUCUGGAAAGGAGCACAAGUCAUCGAGCACGACAACCUGUGA